GCAAUCGUGACCCCGCCCUGCGAGCUGCAACAGUUUAGAUGAUGGACGGAGGAGCAUCUGCCUUCAAGGCCAUGUUGGCACUGGCCAUGCUGACGGUCACCCUUGUCCGCGGGGCACAGUGGACAAUGACAGACGAAAUUGGCCCCAGCGACUUUUUCAACGACUUUGAUUGGUACACAGCAACGGAUCCUUCCAAUGGCCUCGUCACCUACCAGUCUCAGUCUGAUGCAAAGACCAACAACAUCACCUACGUCGAGGGCGACAGCUUCUUCAUGCGCGUUGAUACGACCGAGGUCCAGCUGGCGGGUCGCAAGAGCGCGCGCAUCACGAGCAAAAACAGCUAUUCGGAUGGUGUCUAUGUGCUGAAUGUCACCCAUAUCCCGACGGGCUGCGCCGUCUGGCCAGCUUUCUGGACGGUCACGGACCAGUACAAUGCUGGCAAGUGGCCUGCCGGUGGUGAGAUCGACAUCAUGGAGAACGCCAAUGACCAGUACCCGAGCAAUCUCGCGACUUUGCACACGGAGUCCAACUGCACAAUUCCCUCGACCAUCUCCACGCAGACGGGCACGGUGCUCUCGACUUCAUGCCUAUCCCCGGGCAGCAACGGCAACCAGGGCUGCCAGACCGAGAUGAAUGGCACGUCCAACGCCAAUUGGGGAUCGUCCUUCAACCAGAAGAAGACCGGUGGACUCUUCGCAAUGGAGCGUGCGAUGGGGUCAGAGGGAAGCGGCAUCUCCGUCUGGUACUUCCCCAAGGGCUCGGAGCCAAGCGAUCUUGCAGCAGGGAGCCAGAGUGUCAACCCCAGCAACUGGGGUAAGGCGGGAGCUAACUUCAACAUUGCCAAUGAGUGCAAUAGCGACUUUGGACCUCACAAUAUUGUCUUGAACAUCGAUCUCUGCGGAGAUUGGGCAGCCAACACCUACAACGUCUCUGGCUGCAACGCAAAAUACCCUGCCUGCUCUUACCAAGUCGGCUAUAAUGGCAGCUCCUUCAGCGAGGCCUAUUGGCAGGUCUCUGGUCUGCGCAUCUUUGCAACGGGCGGCGGAAACGCCAACAAUGCAAACUCACCGGGGAAAACGACAACGACCGCCACCAGCGGCGUGGCGAGAACCGUGUCACACUCGAAGCAUCACCGGACCAGCACCGCAAAGCACAAUUGAGCCCCAUUGUAACCUCAUUACCCCUCAUUACCAUCAUCUAUUUGAUCGAAUCUGAGCGAUCAAUCAUCUACAGACAUUAUCUUGUCCUAUUGGUUGGAAAUGCGAUGUGU